GGAAAGUAUACCGGAGACAUUUGAUAGGGAAAGCAAACACACCAUAAAACCCUAAGUCUAUAUAAAUCAUAUACCUCCCCCUUCACUUGUUCGUCGCCGUCUUCAAAAACUCUAAGCUUACAAUCUCCUUCGAGAUCUCCAUCAACAUCUGCUAAAAUGAAGGUUGUCGCAGCGUACUUGCUCGCCGCUUUGAGCGGAAAAGCUUCCCCCACCAGUGCCGAUAUCAAGGCCAUCCUAGGAUCUGUUGGUUGUGAAACCGAUGACUCUCAGAUUGAGCUUUUGUUGAAGGAACUCAGUGGCAAAGACUUGUGUGACGUGAUUGCCUCCGGAAGGGAGAAGUUGGCGUCUGUUCCAAGCGGUGGUGGUGUUGCCAUGGCUUCUGCUCCAUCUGCUGGUGGUGGAGGCGGUGCUGCUCCUGCAGCUGAGGCCAAGAAGGAAGAGAAGAAAGAAGAGAAGGAAGAAUCCGACGAUGACAUGGGUUUCAGUCUGUUCGAGUAAGAAGGCAGUAAUGCUUGUUGGCUUCUGAUUUUGUCAUCGUUUUCAUUUUCUGUUAAACCUUUAUGGUAUUGUUUCUUAGUUUGUACUCGGGUUAUCUUUUUGACAUUCCUGCAAUUCUCAAGAUACUUUUGAUUAAUACCAUAAUCCGCGCAUCUGUUUUUCAGUUUUUUGGUUUUACCUUUUUUAGAUCGGCGUUUACAUAUUAAGUGUUCUCGCUAAAAGUUGAUUUUACAAAAACACAAUUACCAGUUAAUGACGAAGAAGUAUGAUCUUGGC